AUGAGUGCUGUCGCUGAGAAAGCAGACACCAAGGACCAACCGGUCAAGCAAGUGAAAAAACCAGAAGCUUCCAGUGCAGAGGGUACCAAGAAGUUAUCAGGGAAGGAGUUAAAGGAAUUGAAAAAAUUGGAGAAGGCUGCGAAGAGAGCUGCUCUGAAAGAAGCAAGUGGUAUUACUCCAGAAGAACAAAAGCAGAUUGCAGAGCAGAAGAAGCAAAAAGCCAAAGAAGCUGCCGCAGCAGCGGCAGCAGCAGCUCAAGCCCAUGCAACGAACACGAACCUCAAGAAACAACUCAACCAAACAUUGAUCAAGGACAAGGCGGCACAGAAAAAGAUUCCGGCGUUGUUCAGUCAUUUGGAGACCAGAGAACAAAGAAAUGCCUCUUCUCCUUCGAUCUCCCACAUUGUUCAUCCAGAAAUUCUAACCCUCACGUUAAAAUACUCCACCUACAAGAUUGUGGGAUCUAUGCCGCGUUUGACAGCCAUGAUGAAAGCGUUCAAGAUCGUGAUCCGUGACUACGAAACUCCUGCUAACACCACGUUAACUAGAAACUUGACAGGCCAUUUAUCGCACCAAAUCGAGUAUUUGAAAUCUGCUAGACCAUUGUCCAUCUCCAUGGGUAACGCUAUCAGGUGGUUGAAGCAAGAAAUCUCCGUCAUAUCGAUCGAUACAUCAGACGAAAUGGCCAAGGAGAUCUUAUGUGAGAAGAUCAACGACUUCAUCAGAGAAAAGAUCGAAUUGAGUGAUCAGUUAAUUAUUCAAUAUGCAUCUAAGCAUAUUACUGAAGGUUCAACUAUCUUGACCUUUGGACACUCGCAGGUGUUGGAAGAAUUGUUCAAGUACUGCGCUAGAGAGCAAGGGAAGAAGUUCAACUUGAUCAUUGUAGACUCCAGACCAUUGUUUGAAGGAAAGAAGUUAUUGCACAAUUUAAUUGAUACCACUAUUGGCGACGAUACCUAUGGUCAAGUUCCCAUCACGAAAGACCACAUUAGAGUACAGUACACUCUUGUAUAUUCCUUAUCCUCCACCAUAUUGGAGGAUGUGGAUUGUAUAUUUGUAGGGGCAGCAGCCAUGCUUUCCAACGGACGUCUUUAUUCCAGAGUAGGGACAGGAUUAAUUGCCAUGAUGGCUCACUCCAGAAAUAUCCCUGUGUUGACUUGUUGUGAGUCGAUUAAGUUCUCUGAUAAGGUUCAGUUGGACUCGGUGACUACCAACGAACUCGCGGACAGCGAUGAUUUAGCGCAAGAUCAAGAUUUGAAGAAACCACCACAAAAGAAGUCGUUUGCCUUGGAGCAAUUCUUGAAAGCAAAGAAAGAAGCUGCUUCUGAUGAAACUAAUAACAACAACAGCACAAAUACAAACAAGAACAAGCAGCAGCAGCAGAAGCAGAAGCAGCAACAGCAGCAGAAGGAUGAAGAGAACAAGGCCGAUGAGGAGCCUGAUGUGCCACUUAAAGACUGGCGUACCACUCCUAAUCUCAAUAUAUUGAACAUUAUGUAUGAUCUUACACCACCAGAGUACAUCAACAAAGUUGUUACUGAAUUGGGUGCCUUACCUCCAUCAUCUGUUCCAGUCAUUUUGAGAGAGUAUAAGAAUACUUAG